UGAUAAAACAGUGUGCUGACUUUUAAGAGGCAUUCGAUAACCGUGCAAGCUCAUUAGCUCUUGUGAAUUGAAAUUUAAUGCAUAUGUUAUGUUUAGGAUAAAUAUUAUAUAAUACCGUGUGAUGAUUUCAAACAUCCAUUUGAUGACUGUGAACGGUCAUUCGUUCUUGUUAAUUUAGAUGCAAUGCAUAUGUAAUAUUUAUGGUUGAUAUUUUAUAAUAUGGUCAUGUAAUGAUUUCUAUCUUUGCAGUGAGCAUAAAAGAAUUAGUAAAAGCAAGCUUCGAAUAGUCAGACAUUUGCCGGACUAGACAUUAUGUUAAAUAUACGGAAAGAGUUUAUCGUAAAGCAUGUCUAUGUGUUCAUGUUUCAUACUCUGGCGUCCUUUGUAUUAGUAAUAUGUUCGUUGUUAUAUACGAAACAUAUUGAGGAACAUAAUCGCACGUGCCUGUUUGAAGAGGUAGAACUUCAGUGUACAACGUUAUCCAACCUCUUGCAGCAACAAAACCAGUUGACUGAAACUUCAAACCAGCAAUACAGAUAUCCUGAACAGGCCGAAACAGAGGCUAGACUGACAACAUUUGAAUAUUUCCCAAACAGAUUCCCAAUCAACGUGGACGACCUUGCACAAGCAGGUCUAUUUUACACAGGCGAAGCUCACGUUCCAGAUGAUGCCAUGUGUGACGUUAUCAUGUGCACUCAAACUGAAGAAGAAACACCAUUGCAUGAUUCAAUAGAAAGUAUGAGCCGAAUAAAUGCAAUCAUAGCAGAGAAUAUGCAUUCAAAGGAAAUGAUCACGUUCCAAGCAUGUAAAUGCUUUUAUAAAGAUGUCAUUUUAUUACCGUGUAAACACUGGGUUCUAUGCAGACGAUGUGCAUCAAAUAAAAAGACAUGUCCUGUCUGCGAAAGGAAAGUAGAAGACAUGUUUCCAGCUGUACUCAUGUCAUCCGAAUGGUAUAUUUUAAAUGAAAAUGGACGUUUAAUGUAACAGCAGUUCUGCCAGAAGUGUACAAUCAACAAUACAAACGCUCUGUUCAUUCCUUGUGCUCAUCACAUUUUGUGCUUUAGUGUGCACAGAGUUGAAAAAAAUGCCAGAUCUGCAAAUGUGAAGUUUGCGAUAUCAUCAAAACAUUUAUUAGUUAAUACGUUUGUAUAACCAGAAAUGUACGUAUGGAUAUGGCAUUGACCGCUAACACUGUUUAUGUUUCAGCUUUGAUGAUAUAAUUAUAUAGUUCACCGGUCUUGGCCGACAUGGUGUCGUUGUUGUUGUUGUUAAGCAUGAAUAAAUACGCCAGACUAUGCGAAGCUAAACGCAACUUCAACAAAGGCUUUUUUUCGUAUUGCCUACAUAUAUUAUCUAUAGUUUGAUACAAAACCAUAUGAUUGAACAUGUUUUUUUAUAAAGUAUAUGUAUAAUUAACUCAACUAUAGGUGUUUAUUUUUAAACCGACAGCAUGUAUAUGUUGUAUCAGGACUUCCGAUUUGCGCAUAAGUAACCUUUAUUCAUCAUUUAAGGAAGAAAAUGUCGAUUUUGCACGGUUUAUUAACAUUUUUUAUUUAUUUGCACAAAAAAGAGGACCGAAAUAAGAUUAAUAACAUUGACUUAGAACUUAAUUUUGAUUCUUAAUUGAUAUAAAUGAUAUCUUUUUGAAAAAUGUAUUGAAUCUGA